AGAAUGAUUUUUUCAAUGAACUCAGCAUGAAUAGCUCAAUUUAUGAGGAAGAUUUCCUCAGGCAGAUCCUUCACCAACCUUCUUUCCCUUCCAUGACUGACACUACUCACUCUCCCCUCAUCGAAACCAACACAUUCACCACCACAGAUGUGGGCGGUGCCGCCGCAGCCAGUAGCUUAUCCUUGAAUGACUCCGGCGCCUGCCAAUCCAAGCGUAACAGUCCGAGCCCGAUCAUCUCUGGACUUGCUAGUUUCUCUGACAAACCGGCAACCUCAUCAUCAUCUACUCAGUCAACUUACAUUCUAUCUUUUGAUAACUCAACGUUAAUACCUGGAAACACGCGUGCUUCGCUGAAACGGACUCCAGAAAACAAUAACAACAGUGAGUCAAAGGCCAAUCAAAGGACAAGGAAGAGUAGAAGUUCAUCUGAUUCAUUGAAUCACAUUAUGUCUGAGAGAAAAAGGAGACAAGAACUCACUGAGAAGUUUAUUGCACUCUCAGCCACAAUCCCUGGUUUGAAGAAGAUUGACAAGUCCUCCGUACUAAGCGAAGCUAUCAAUCACAUGAAGAAACUUAAAGAACGAGUAAGAGAGUUAGAGGAAGAGAACAAGAAGAUAAGUGGCGAGUUAUUAUUAUCAAUGUCAGGCCUGAAGAAAUCAUCCCUCCUCAACUCAUCAUCAGAAGAUCAUCAUCAAGACACAAUAUCUUCGGAAACAGUGAGUUUUGAUGAUUGCUUCAGAAUGAACGAAGCACUGCCUGAAGUUGAAGCAAGAGUUUUACACAACCAAGUUCUCAUCAGAAUCCACUGUGAGAAGCAAAAAUGUGUUCUCCUUAAUAUAUUGGCGUAUCUCAGGAGUCUCCAUUUCUCCAUAACCAGCACUAGCGUCUUAACCUUUGGAAAUUCUGCUCUUGACAUUACCAUUAUAGCCGAGGUUGAGGAACACAAAACAACAGUGAAGGAACUUGUGAAAAAGCUUCGCUCGGCUUUGUUGAAGAAGACCUCCCACAACCAAAAAUGAUCCGAUUUCAAGCAUAAUUAUAAUUUUCACUGUAUAUUAUGACCAUAAAAAUUAUACAUCUCAAUUUCCUGCCUCCUCGGGGCUACCU